UAGCUAGCCUUCCAGUACCUAAAGGGAGCCUAUAAGCAGGAGGGAAGUCAACUCUUCGCAAGGGUAGAUAAUGGCAGGACGAGGGGAAAUGGUUUUAAGUUGAGGGAGGGAAGAACUGGGUUGGAUAUGAGGGGGAAGCUCUUCACAGAGAAAGUGGGGAGGUGCUGGCACAGGCUGCCCAGAGAUGUUGUGGAUGCCCCAUCCCUGGAGGUGUUCAAGGCCAGGUUGGAUGGGGCCCUGGGCAGUCCGGUCUAGUAUUAGAUAUGGAGGUCGGUAACCCUGCAUGCGGCAAGGGGGCUGGAGCUUGAUGACCCUUGAGGUCUCUUCCAACCCAAGCCAUCCUAUGAUCCUGUGAUCCCCAUGCUCUUCCCCUGUGGGCUACUUGUAAAUUUGCAGUGGCGUGCCUUGUCAUCUUUUGAAAAGCAGUGACUUUUAUUCAUGUAUGCGCAUGGAAAUGGUCACGAGCAGGAAGAACUGUGUGCAGUUUUUUCCUGUUGGUGUUUUCUACAGGAACCGCCAUUUGCAGUCCUUCACGUCUGCUUGUGCCAUGGCUGUAAUGCAACGCUGGCGGACACUAGGAAGGCAGAUACAGGAAAGCAUUGGAAAAGUCUGGGGACCCAGCGUGAGACCUCUGACGUACAGAGCAUCAAAAGGCGGGACUGAAAAAGGCGGCCUGUAGCUCCCAGCCUGUCCCCCUUCAGCAGGAUCCUCCCAAGCAGGCUGCUUGGCAGGAGGUGCUGUGGUCUUGUAGGAUCUUUCCUCCUGCCGGCAGGAGGUGCAAAACCUGUUCCCUGUCAGGCUGGGCUGUUGCUCAAAACAUGGCGCUGCCUCCUCUGCGGUGACAUCACUGACCACUGUGAAGUCACAAUGGGCCCUCAGCACAGAGGCAGCUUGUCCCCACGCCUCCGGCACUCUCGGUCCUGACAGCACGGCUGUUGGAGAGGGAUUGGCUCACUGCUUAGGGAGCUGCGUGUUUUGUUCCUUGUGCUGCAAGGAAAUGGAGCAACAAGGGCAUGGCGAGCGGGGGAACUGGCAAACUAAGGUUUGGAAGACAGUUGCCCUGGUGCUGGUCACAGUGGCUGUGGCGUCCUUCGGCGUUUAUUGCGUCGGAGGUCUUGUGGAAGGUAUAAAGACAACAGCAGGAGCGACUGCAAGGCUGGCGCGUGGUGGUGGGGAAAUGGUGAGCCUUGACAAGGAGCUUGCUAAGGUCCAGCGGCAGCUUCAUGUCCUGCAAUGGAGAGCGAGGGACAUCACCGAGCGUGCUCUCCACGAAGCCCUGAGGAGAACUGAGCUCCCAGGCUUUACAGGCGAGGCUGUUCAAAAGAUGAUCGACCAAGUACUGGAGAAGCUGGAAGAAAGCCCAUUCCAGAUGACCAAUUAUGCCAGCAAAACUUCAGGCGCCGCUAUCGUUCGUUCCAAGACUUCUCCCUCCUGGAUUGGAAGUGGGAGAGUCUUCUGGCAGUCGCUGCCUCUGGUGGCUUAUAUGAGGCCUCCUGAGGUUAUUCUGGAGCCUGACAAUCAUCCAGGUAACUGCUGGCCCUUCCCGGGAAGUCAAGGGCACGUCUUCAUCAAGUUGCCUGUGGCCGUCUUCCCCACGGCAGUUACCAUAAAUCAUGGGGUUCCAGCAGCAGCGUACCAUGCAGACAGCAUCUCCAGUGCUCCAAAGGACUUUGCUGUCUAUGGCCUGCAGGAGGAAGAUGAUGAGAAAGGAACGUUGCUGGGAGAGUUCAUCUUCACGCCAGGCCAGGCUCCCGGUCAGACCUUCCAGCUGAAGAACGAGCACUCUGCGUUCAUCAAGUACGUAAGGCUGCAAGUGCUGAGCAACUGGGGCCACCGGGACUACACCUGCGUGUAUCAAUUCAGGCUCCACGGCGAUCCAGCCCAUGAUGGUGAUGCUAGGGGAAAGCUAUCUGCCUAGGGGAAUGCUGCCUGGCUUAGUUGUCAAUAAAUUACUUGA